AUGGUGACCAAGUCCACCCGGAGCUCGUCGCCGGCUUCCUUUUACGCCGACUCGGAGACGCAACGGUCGGCGACAGCCAGCAGUCCUGACACUCCCUGUCCGUACAUCGAGGCGCGACAGCUGCCUCGCGAGCUUAAGGACCAUUGCCAGAUUUUUCUCGAAGAACAGAUUUAUACUUGUGCCAUCAAUUUGCUCAAUAGCACGCUGGGCUCCGGCAUGUCCCGGCAAAUGCCAACGCGCAAGAGCGUGCCGGUGCCGCCCCCGAGCCAUCUCGCGCUUUUGGCGAUAGCGACAUGUCUGACGGCGACUCGGAACGGCGACCUGGAUCACUUGCGGGGUAGAAUGGCAAAUGAGGCGAGUGUUUGGAGUCGAGGCCAGGACUUGUGGUCCACGGUGGGCUGGGCGUUCAACACGGCGACAGUGCAUCCUCACCGGUGGCGCUACUGGAAAGUGUGGCUCGGGCUCAUGCUCGACGUCCUCGAUGCCGACUGGGCCGAGAGGGAGAGACUUGAUCAGGAGGCCCACGAAACCAGUGGCAGGCGCGGACACGAGGGGCCUAAGAAGGCGUCGAGAAAACGGAAAUGGGAGCAAGCCCUCGACCUGGAAAGCGACAAGCUCGGCGACUACUUUGACUCUGAUUCGAUAUCAUCCAGUAUUUCUGAGCCGCCAACGCCGGAAAAGCGCCGCGGCGCGAGCAGCGUCGUCUCGUUUGGCUGUUCGAAUCCCGGUCUAAUCGAAUCAAUACGUCUCCGACUGAGGUUCUUCAGGCUUCUCUCUGCUGCCACCUCGGUGCUUCCCUGGCGGUUGGACCUUAACCGGCUCCACGAAGACUUUGCGGCAGGCAUCAAGCUGCUCCCUUUGCAGAUGUUCGCUCUGUUUCUAUCACAACGGGAGAAUCCACUGCUGCCCGAAUCAUAUGUCACCAUCAUCAAGGAGCUGUUCCAUUUGCUGCUGCCUUCCCGGCACAAGAAUCCUGCAAAUGUGGAUCCAGAAGGCCAUGCCAUGGGCAGCUUGAGCAUACCCAUGCUGGAGCACUGCUACAUUUCGUUGCCUGCCAAUACGGUCGGGUUGGAGGACAACGCGAAGCUGUCUCUGGUGGUUGAACACGCGAUGCAGCUGUUAUGGAAUUGCGAAAUGGCGGAAUACACGGACAGUUUUGCCAAAGCAGCCUUGAGAGGCGUCGAGGCGCGAGAGGCAAAGGCGAAGAAGAGGGGAAUGGGCAAGCGCCGCGCACAUGCCCGCGCUAUCGUGGCCCGAGAUGUCCUGGCUGGCUCUGCCGAAAGAAUCCUCAAAGGCAACAUCCUGCACCGGGACAUUUCCGAGAACAACAUCAUCAUAACCGACCGCAAAACGACUGGCCACAUGGGCAUGCUGAUCGAUCUGGACCUUGCCAAGGAGCUAUCUUCACUGCGCGCCGAGUAG